AUGGAUGAUUCAAGUUUAUCAGAAAAAGAUCACAAUGACUUGUCAGGGAAACAUAAAGUAGAUGACAAAAACAACAAACCUAAAAUAGACAGAAGAAAUAGAUUUAAAAAGAAUGCCUCGAAUAAUGACUUUGUACAGGUGGAUGACUAUAAUGUGUUAAAUCCUAUGAUAGACAGAAGAAAUAGAUUUAAAGAGAAUGCUUCGAAUGACUUUGUACAGAUGGAUGACUAUAAUGUCUUAAAUCCUAUGAUAGACAGAAGAAAUAGAUUUAAAGAGAAUGUUUCGAAUAAUGACUUUGUACAGGUGGAUGACAACAACGUUUUAUCAGAGAACAAUUGUCACGAAUUAAAGCAAAAGGCUUUAGAACAAUUUGUAUUCUUUUCGAAACCAGAUUCUCCUUACAGUCAGUUAUACUUAAGCGAGUUCACUGUUGAUGGGCUCACAUUUAAUUGUGCAGAACAGUUCGUCAUGUACAGCAAAGCAAUGCUAUUUGAAGAUGAAGAUAUUGCGUAUGAAGUACUAGUGGAACUUGAUCCUCUCGAACAAAAGAAAUUCGGGAGGCUUGCAAGAAACUUCGAUCAAGAGUUAUGGGAUGCAAAUGUUUUACCAAUUGUUGAACGUGGAAUCAAAAAAAAGUUUUCUCAAGAUGAAAGCCUUAAGGCAACAAUUCUGGAAACCUAUCCCAAAACUAUUGUACAAGCAAGUCCAUACGACUCAAUUUUAGGUAUUGGACUGGAAGAAAAUGACCCCUUCGCAUGGGAUUGCAAAACAUGGAAAGGGCAAAAUUUACUUGGAAAAGCAUUGACCAAAGUGAGAGAUGAAUUGAAAGAGGAAGUAGAGCUGAAGACAUAUCUAUAG